AUUAUUCUUCUUCCUUUGUGCCAUUUUCCAGCACAUACACACUACUUCCUCACUCUAUCAUUCCACCUUGUUUGUUGCUUAAUUAGUCACUCCAUCGAUCAUGAACAUGGAGACAGUUGAAUUGAAGGUAGAGAUGGUUGGAAUACAUGAGAAAAGAGUGAGGAAAUGUCUCUCUAAAUUAAAAGGAAUAGAUAAAGUAGAAGUGGAAGGGAAGAGUGAGAAAGUGGUUGUGAUGGGGUAUGCACACAAAAACAGAAUACUUAAAGCAAUAAGGAGAAGUGGUCUUAAAGCUGAUUUUUGGUCACCUCAAAAUGAACUUCUUCAAGCUUACGCUGCUUCUUACUCUUCUAAUUUCACUUUUAACAAAUUCUCCUUCUUUAAUUAAUUGAAUGAAUACCAAAUUUGUUCUCUUAAUUAAUUUCCUCAACAUAGUGUAUACAAUGGAAGAGUUUUCGAUUCAGUUUGAUGCAUGUACUCUUUGUUACAUAAUCUUGUAGGUGGAUGAUCAGUUCUUGAGUAAUUUGUGAAAGAUUUUAAGUAAUGCAUGCAUUUGGA